UCUUAUUCUCUUUCCAUCACUCAUGACGAUCAUUGCAUAAUUCAGUAGGAAAUAAUAAUAAUAUCAAAAUGGAAAUCUCACUCUUUAUAGUGCUAGUGGCUAGCUUGCUGGGCCUGGGCAUUGCUCCAGUGAAAUCUCACAGCAAGGAGCCCCACCCCCUGGACGUCAAGUCUGAACAGACAUGGAAAGGGCAUGUCUCAAGCAUGCAAAACACCUCAACUCACCCCACCACCCUCUGUGGACUGUCAGAACAAGCCCCAAGCUGAUCUGCCUUUCUGCAGUACAUCACUGUCCCCAAUGGCAAGAGCUGUGGACCUUGUAUCAAGACUAACCACACAGGAGCUGAUUCAGCAAACCUCCUCCAUUGCACCGGCUAUAUCUCGUUUCGGUAUCAAAGAUUACAACUGGCGUUCCAACUGUCUUCACGGGUGGGCAGAAAGCGGGGGGCAUUUUACGAGUGAUUUAAAGUGGACUGUAUUUCCUGCACCUAUUAACCUAGGAGCUACUUUCAACUCUGAGUUGAUUAACAAGGUGGGGAAGGCGACAGCUGAUGAGGGGAGGGCCCUGCACAACGAGAUGCUAAUGACAUUUAAUGGCUCGAGCACAGAGGCAGCUGGUUUGAACUGUUUCUCUCCAAAUGUAAACUUGUUUCGAGAUCCGCGUUGGGGAAGAGGUAUGGAGACCUUUGGGGAAGAUCCUUACUUGAUCUCAGUAAUUGGAAAUGCGUAUACCCGAGGGCUACAAGAAGGAGAAGACCCGAAGUACCUCAAAGUCGGAGCUUGCGCUAAGCAUUUUUCAGUUCACAGUGGACCAGAGGAACUUCGAUUAAAAUUCAGUGCUAACGUAUCUCUUCACGAUCUUUACGAUACUUAUUUGCCAGCAUUCAAGUCUCAAGUAAUAGGAGCAAAAGUUUCACAGAUGAUGCCUGCAUACAGUGGCCUAAGGUGUAAAUACCAACCAGAUGGGGCUCCGGAUGCUGCAAACCCUUUCCUUCUCAAGACUGUCCUCAGAAAUGAAUUUGGAGCUCCUAAUAUAUCGAUUGUAUCAGACAAUGGCGGUGUAGCAUUUGUCACUUCAGGUCAUCACUACACCAAAGACAAUACACACGGUGCUGCAGUGUGUAUUAAUGCUUCUACUGACUUAGACUUGGGGCAUGAUAGUAUCUACCCAAAGUUUCUUGGGUCGGCACUCGAUCAGAAAUUGGUUGCCCUGGAAUCUAUCAAAGAAGCUGUAACUAGGAGUUUUUAUCUGCGAAUGCGUAUUGGCGAUUUCGACCCACCAUCAAUGGUUUCGUAUCAGUCUAUUGAUAAGACCCAUCUGGACACACCAAUGAACCAAGAGCUAAAUCUGGAAGCAGCCAGACAAUCCAUUGUCAUGCUAAAGAAUCUUGCGGGUGGUCUGCCACUUAGCAUGGAUACUCUCGGAAAAAUUGCUGUGAUUGGACCCAAUGCAAAUGCUACCGAAACACUCCUCUCCAAUUACCAAGGGACAGCAUCAAAAAUUGUCAGUGUAUUGGAGGGGAUUAAAAAUGCUGUAAGUGCUCAGAAUAAGACCGUUGCUGUUAACUAUGCUCCCGGCUGCUCCUCCACCAAGUGUGAAGACACAUCUAAGUUUAACGAUGCUCUUAAACUGGCCAUGGGAUCUGAUGUAGUCAUAGCAGUGAUGGGUCUAGAUGGAUCAAUAGAAGGAGAAGGUCGCGAUCGUGUAAAAACAAACUGUAAUGGGGCCCCAAUCGAUAAUCUAGCUCUCCCAGGAUGCCAGGAGCAGCUAUUAGAUCAACUAUCCACACUACAUAUCCCCUUUGGCGUUAUCCUUGUGCUCAUCAAUGGCGGACCAGUAACUUACACAAAGAUAUUCGAUAACACUGCUGUAAUUGGUGCUAUUGAGGCCUUCUACCCUGGAGCCCUGGGAGGUACUGCUGUGGCAGAUGUUUUGUUUGGUGCUUACAACCCGGGAGGUCGAAUGCCGGUCACUGUUUAUUCAUCAGAGAAGGACUUACCCCUUGCAGUUGAUUAUAACAUGCCUGGAUCGAUUGGUCGAACAUAUCGGUACUACAACGGAAAACCUUUAAUUCCAUUCGGCUACGGACUGUCUUUCACAGAGUUCAAAUAUUCCAACCUUGUGGUGACACCAGCUACUAUUAAGGAGUGUGACUCAGUCAACGUGUCUGUAUCGAUUCAAAACACAGGGAACGUGAUGGGCGAUGAAGUGACUUUGGUAUAUCUCAAGCCUCCAAAAAUAUCCAACAAGACUUUUCCAAACAUUGAACUAGUUGCAUUUGACCGAGCUACGAUAAAGGCGGGAAUGACUCGUGUAGCGAGUUACAAGAUCGACGCGUACAUGUUAUCACUGGUUGAUCAAGAUGGGAUACGGUACAUAUUCCCUGGUACCUACACGUUCCAAGUGGAUGAGCUGGAUAAGAAUUUCACGAUCACUGGAAGUUCUGCAAUACCAGUUAGCAAGUGCACAUCAGCUAGCAAGUGCAUGGCUUGCAUGUGAGAAUUGACCUUCUAAUAUUUAGAAACUAUUAUGAUAAUUCUGUUAGACUAAAAACAAAAUUGUUUUUAUAUUCAAAAUAAUUAUUGUUAAAAAAAACAUGGAAUUACUGACAAA